CCACACAUAUUCCUUUCUUGCCAUGCCAUUUCCUCUUCUAUUCUUAAUUUCUUCCUCUCUCUUUUGGGCAAAAGAAUUUCCUAUCAAAAUUCUCGUCCAACACCCCAUGUGGGAUUCUGCAGUUAAAUAUGGCAACUAAUUGAUUAUUAUUUUUUCUUGUUUUGGUUUGUAUUAAAAAAAUUUUUUAAAAUUUUUAUUGGAUGUUUUUUGGUGGGGUAGAUAGAAGGUAACUCCUGUAAAACGAAGUUUCCGAGAAACUGCACAUUGCAUGCCGUCUUCCUAUCCUCAUAUUGUUUUCUCGGGCAAUAUUCUGGACUGGGUUUCGAUUCACGUUUGAAUUUUUCAACAAAGAGUGGCAGAGGGCCUUGGGUAUUCGUCAAUCAUUUGGAAUUUUCUCCGCUGAGUUUUUCACCUGGGAUUUUCUUUUCGUUGAAGAUUUGAGGUGGGAUUUGCUGAUUCUCAACUGGGUUUUCUGGGAUUGACGGCCGCAUCCUGGUUUGCAAGAUUUUCAUUGAGGUGAAAAUACUUGUGUUGCCAAGACCAGAGAGAAUCUUUUGAUUUGGGGUGGUUUGUUUUGAAUCUGAAGAGUUGCUUCUGCCUUGUUUUGAAGUCAUUCGUUCUCAUUCAAUUUGAGAUAUCCUUGUUCAUGUAUGUUGUAGGAUUCAGAUUGAAUAAAGGGUUUUGAGUUUGAAAUUUCUGGGUGUACUAGCAUUGAAUGAUCUGAAACUCUAUUUCCAUUGAAUGGAGUAGAUGGUUUUGGAGUUUCUUAGUUGGAAAUUUGAUUCAAUUGACCCCAUUAAUUGUAAGAGUUGAAUGAAGUUAUGGAGCUUUCUGAGGAAGAACGUAUUGGAGAUGGAGAGAUGGAGGACUUGGAAAGAUCACCUGGUUUCGUAACUCCUAUGGAAACCCCUCACUUGAGGACACGUUUUCCAGGCAUGGUGCGGCAAAAAGCAUAUAUAUUUGAUGGGUCGGGGAAAUAUUAUCAUAAGGAGUGGGAUCUUCUUGAAGGCAGAGGCAAUGAGUUUUGUUGGUACCAUGUAGAACUUCCAAAGGGAGAUCAGAAACUCUCUCAAUAUGCACAAUACCUUAUAGAUGUUCUUUGCCCACCUUUAAAGCUUCAAGACAUUCUUUCACUGGUUAGUAAUGGACCAUUUUGUGGACAUGUUGAUGGAGCGCUUGUCUUUAGAGUUAAUUCCGCUGGCCCUGCCUCUAGCAAUUUUACUUUUAGACUUGCUGCUAGAGUUACUGAGAAUUCAGUAAUUACUGUGUCUUUGGGUCGAGUUCCCAGGCUAGGUUUCUCACCAGUUGGUGAAUCUCUUCUCUCAGAAAUUCCAAGUGUGGAGAGUCCCUCUUAUUUUGGUGGUGACAGAAAGGAAGGCAGUGGGAUUGUUAUUAGGGAGCAUGUCCUAGAGUUCUUAUUGACUAUGAAUCACUCUGAGGAGGCUGACAACCCUGUUCCACAUACUGUCUCAAAUCUUGUUGUUCACAUAAUUGACUCACAUGUGGAUCAGCUACAAGAUGUUGUGACUAAUCUUGAGAUGGAGCUGGAUUCUGUGGAGCUUCAAUUGGAUAAAGCUGGAUCUACUUUAAAGAAACAAAUGCUAGAUGACAGGAGAUUUCCCAAAAUGCAUCUUAAUUUGCAACGUCUCCUUCAGGUGAUUGCACAUGGAGAGGCAGUAUUUCCAAGAGUCAAGGAAAAGUGUUCUGCAAAGCAUUGGUUUGCCAGUGAGGAUGUUAGUGCACUUGAAGAGUUGAUAGGACGUCUCCGGAGACUAAAGGAGAAUGUAGGAUUUUUAGCAAAUCGUGUCACUGCAAUACAGGCUGGACUGGAUAGUUGGCAAGCUGAGCAAAUUAACAGAAAGCUCUAUUAUCUCUCUUUCCUGUCAAUAAUAUUUCUUCCCUUAUCUGUUGUCACUGGAGUGUUUGGCAUGAAUGUGGGUGGAGUCCCAUGGACAGGACAAAACGACCCUAAGAUACAAGAUGGUUUCCGCAACGUGUUAUUUCUUUGUCUUGCAAUGUUGCUUCUGGUGCUGCUGUGCUUCCUUUUCCCAGCUCUUUAUAAUCGUUUUGUUGCUUGGCAGAGGAACAGAUCUAUACAAAGAAGCUGGUCUCUGAACAGGAGAUCAUUCCUCAGGAGAACCAUUAAUGGUCCAGAAAGAGGGGGUUACCUCAGGAUUUAGGUUGUACAAGAAAGUUAUUUCAUUAUUUGUGUCUCAUGGUAUGCCUAAAACGCCACCUCACUUCAUUACACAUUUCAGACCUGGUUUUAGGUUCUUUAAAUCAGCCAUAUUUCUCAAAUUUUUUGAGUAAACUUCUUUGCAGCUUCAUGAGAAUGACAUGAUGUCUCGUCUACCCAUUUUUUCACCAAUUUGCAGCAUUUAGUGCUUCUUUUAAAUUUUUUUUACUGGUGAAAUACUGUACAGUUGGUUCUGUAAAGUUCAUCCAUCCCAACACAUACGUUUUAAAUUUUUCUGUAUUUUGACUUCUUCUGUAUAUCUCAAAUAUUUCUCUUGAAAUGACUGGAUUGAUUGUUUCCUGAAGUCUUAAUUUUAG